AUGCGCCUCACCCUGGGGGAGAAAGGCCUCACCCCGGGGGAGGACAAUGGUUUGCGGUUCGUCUCCAGUUUGUCAAGAGACGACAAUUACAGCAGCAGAGGUCGAGGGGAGAGCUGUCAGAGGGGGGGGGGGGGGGGGGGGGGGGGGGGGGGGGGGGAGUGGGGGCGGGGGAGACUCAGGGGGGCGGGCGGCGGUUGGGGGUGGGGGGGGGGGGGGGGGGGGGGACAGAGUCAAGCGGUGGUCGAUAUUGUGCUUGGCGUUCGACGAGUCCGCGGAGACGAGAUCUAUACGAGAAAUGGGUCUUCAAUUUGCACUGAUAAAAUGCUGACAAGCUGCAGUGGAUUCUGA